AGUCCUCCUUGAUGACUACAAAAGUAGAGAUAAGAAAUCAUGCAACCAAAAAUGAAAUCUACUGCAUACAUAUUAUUCAUCAUCCAAGAGAUAUGGAUGAUAAUUGCGAAAGUGGUUCAGGUUCAUCAAAUAAGCAUCUUCAUCACUUCGUGUUAGUCCAUGGAGCUGGGCAUGGAGGGUGGUGUUGGUACAAGGUUCGGCGUCUGCUUGAGGCUUCAGGACACAACGUCACUUGCCUUGACCUUAAGUGCUCAGGCAUCGAUCCCACUGAUUUCAAUACCGUCUUCUCUUUCGACGACUAUAAUCAGCCACUUACCACUUUCAUGUCCUCCCUCUCUCCCAAUCACAAGGCGAGAGGCCUUGAUGCAUUUGAAUUUAUAUAUGGACUCAGACUGAACCAGCCUCCAACCGGGGUCAUGGUUAAGCCUGAACUUCGGCGCCAAGUUCUAUACAAUGCAAGCCCUGUUGAGGAUUUCAUACUAGCAUCAAUGUUGCUGAGGCCAUCACCAGCAAGGGCUUUACCUUCAGUAAACGUAGUCCGAAACGACAGUUUGGAAAAUAUAGUAGUGCUAAGAGUGUUCAUAAUAAAGACAAUGAAGGAUAAACUAUUCAAGCCAGAGCGCCAAGAGAAUAUGAUAAAGCAAUGGCCACCAUCUAAAGUGUUUGCUAUUGAUGAAAGUGAUCACUCCCCAUUUUUCUCGACCCCAGAUAUGCUUUUCCCCCUUCUCCUUGAAGCAGCCAUUUCCAUCAAAAUGCCAUAACUUAUGAGACAUAAUGCAUCCAUUAACUACAUAUCACAACUAGGCCAUACAUAUAUAUGCUUUGAGAUGUGUGUUAAUUAAUUUUGGUUUGGUUAAUUUUGUUAAUAAUAUAAGUUUUGUUAAUAUGUAAGGGUAGUUUAGUCUUUUAGCCUCUCAUUAUUUUGGCUAUAUAUUUUGUUGCUCUUGUACUUUUAUUUUUAUCUCUUUCGUUACAAUGAAAA